UGUUUUUAAAUCACAUCUGAUGAGAAGGGGUGGAAAUAAAGUGCACAGAUUCGGGAAAGGCCUAAGGAUACUGUAAUUGGUUGAGGUUUAAAGUUCUUUUAUUUGGUUCCUCACUGCCCCUUUGACAGAGUACGUGUUGGAGAGGCUUUGUAAUGCUUUUCCACUGAAGGACAAACAAGGGUACUUUGCAGUUGAGUACUUUCAAGUUGUGCUCGGGCUCUGCUGCUGCUGUGGAAGGAUGCUUCAGGUGCCUUGUGGUUCCAUGCUCAUCUCUGCAGUCUGUCACCAGAAAAUGUGUUUUUUCUUGUACAGCAGGCCAGCAUCAAACUCCCAUUGCUUCUUUCAAAGACCCUGCCAUAUGGAAAUGUGCCUUCACAUACUGCUGAUACAAAUAAAAAAUAAUUACAACAUUUGAAAGUUUAUUUGUGAAAUAGGCCUAUGUGAAGAGAAGGUCCUGUUAAAUACUGUAGCUUAAAUUUUUAUUAACAAGUGCUUUAACUCUAGAACAGAGGUAGCCUAGUUUGAAGCCUUGCCAGCUCUGACUUGCUUUAAGUGAAGUUUAUUCAUUUGUUGCCUUCAGUUUUUAAGUGUUUUCCUUCCCAACAGUUUAGCCUGAUAGUCACGGUUUAUUUCAAUGGAUGUUUUCAAAAUUUGCUUAGAUUCCCUUCCAACUCUCUCUUCUUACAUCCUCAAAGGUUUUUAGCUUUUGGAUUUUUCUUCUUCCUUUUGAUAAAGGCAUCUGAGGUGCUGAUACAGCAUCUUGAACAUAGAAGAAAGCAUUAUGGUCAAGUGAGAUACAGGAAGCUAGUGCUUUUGGAGAGAAGAUGCAGUCCCUCUGUCCCCCUCCCUGGUUCAGAAUGAAAGUCUCCUCUGAUGAAUCUCUACAAUUAAAAUCUCUUUCUGGGUUGUGUUCACUCCAUAAGACUGAGCAAGCAGCAGCCAAAGCAGAAUGCCUUCUCUUUUCACUUCUCAUCUUUAACAGCCCAGCAUACAAGUGGUUCAGCAAGGCAAAAAUAAUUAUUUGGGCUCCUGUCUGCCCUUUAUCCCCCAGACUCCUCACCAGCUGUGAUUUAUUUUAGUAGGGUUUUCCAAAAUUUGCUGUCACUUUUGACCCCACAUCAUUUUGCCGUGCGCUUGCCCUGCUGUAUUCCGCCUAGAUCAGCUUGCGUUCAGCCUUUGGGGUUUUUUUUUUAUCAUUAUUAUUUUAUUUUCAUUUCCCCCUCCCCUGGAACACCAUUAGCUUUCUGACCCUGGUUUUGGUCCUCGGGUGAGUGCUGGAGGAGCUGUGCCCCUGCUCAAACCCAGCUGUACGUGGGGAGCUGCCAGCGCCGUGUGCUGCGGCUCUCGGGGAUGUCAUUUAUUCAGGAGUGAAGAGCAAGCCACCUGUUCCUCAGGCCUCUUGUCCCUCAUAUUAAAGGUUCAAGCCCUUGCUGAAUAGUAACAUCUUAAUCUGGGCAGCAUGCACACCAUUUAGCUGGAACCUACUUGUCGAGCUAGCAGGAUUUGAGAGAUUUUUUCCCCCUUUCUCUUACCCCUGAGGCGCUUGUCACGACCGUGCAUUUUAAAAUUAAUCAGACCUCCCAGGCUUGUGUGACUGUGUGGUUUAACGUGAAGAAGUGGAUAUCAAGUAUUUGCCCUAAUUAAAUAGGCCUGCUUGGUUUUGUUCUAGUGGAUGCUUGGUCUUUUUUUUAAUAAGAGCUGCUGGCGGAGGAGGCACGGCCGGCUCUGGAGUUGGUGGAGAGCUCACUUCAAAGUUUUCCUCGCCACCUGCGCCCUGGAUGCUGAACCCUGAAGGGCUCCCUGCCUUCUUUCUUAACAGCACCAUUUGUGGGAAGGGGGAAAUUCAGCCAAAUGAGAGAGAGAGCUGAGGGAAGGGGAGGUGAGGAGCUGCAUGAGCAUGUGCAUUGGCUUUUGGAGCUGAUUAAGAUGACCUGUCAUCCUGUCUGAUUAGCUUUAGCUCUCAGUCUGUGCCAUGAGCUAUUCACAAGGCUGUCUUGUGUCUUCUGUUUACCAGAAGCAAGGGAAAGCCUCUAGUACGGCAAGGAGCAACAUUUGCAGCAACUCCCACUUGCUUGUUUAGCUAAUGAAGUAGCCUUGUAAAAACACUCCUAAGUUUGGAGCUGCUGCUGAGUUUUAUUAGAUACGUGUCUGCUUAGCAUUGAUAUUUUUAAGGUGGCUUGAGGGUUGCCAGAUUGAUGCAGCUGUACACAUCUCCUGCGUUGCACACAGGCUGUGCUGGGGAGGCAGAACUCCUUUCAGCACCUUCCCUUCUCGUGCAGUUCAGUUGUGCUGUGCUUUCUGCCUAUAUAUAUAUGAUUUCUAUGAUGCAGUGAUUCAAAAAGCACUCAAAAACCAAAUAAAAGGAGAGUUGGGGGGAACUCUCUGCCCUAAGCACCCUAAAACCUGUUACACAGUAAUUAAGGACUGAUAGCAUUUAGCAAUUCAACAAGUUAAUUUUAGCCAAAAACUAGUAGAAAAUUUGGAACAGUCAACAUUUUUAGACAAAAUGUUUCUUUGGAAAUGAUAUUUUUUGUUUUUAAAUGUUUAAGAUGAUUAAUCUGAAAGAGAAAUGAAAACAUUUCAAUUAGGAUUAAAUAAAACACUUUGGGUCAGGUGGAAACAGCUUUUCCCCUGACUUGGUUUGGCAGCUGAAAUGAAAAAAUGCAAACUAGUCAAACAAAAAUGAGUUGCAAAACCUGGUGAGGUUUUGGGGGUGUUUUUGUAUCUAAUGACCUGAGAAGGACAAAUGAACAGUUGUUUUACAGGCACUUAAAUAUAUCUGAAUGUUACACACUGUGGUUUUGAGGGCAGUCUGUAAUAUUAGUCAGAAAAUAUUUCAAAAUUCAGUUUUCUCCAAACAUGCAGAUUUCUGUGCCUUCUGAAGCCUCAAGUCAGCAAAGUUUUGGAGCACCUAGGGCAUUUUAAUUUGGAGCAGGCUUUGGAACACGCAGAAUUAGAUGUGCUUGGGCUGUCUCUGCAGCCAAAACCUCCGAGUCUGUUCUAGAGGACCUGGGAAGCUGCAGUUGGUACACCCCAGAAUUUUACUUUGCUUUCUAUAGAAAUUCUUUCAGCCAGUACACAGUAAAAAGGAAAGCUCUAUUUAUUCAUUUAUUUCCAUAACAGUUGAAAUUGCUGGAGUAUAACCCAGCAGGUAGGCAGGAUGGUACUCCACUGGUUUAAAAGUUCAUUGUACAUCCAUGCACUAACUCACUGCCGUCUUUCUCUUCCUCUCCCAGUAUUAUUAUUCCUAUUUCAUUUUUAAUUUCAAACCUUGGCAGAACCCAAACGUAAAGAACAUAUUGACACUGCCAAGCAUCUGUCUGGUGCUUGACAGCAUCAUAGAAACCCUUCCAGUGUUUCCUCUGGGUUGCCAUUGGUUAUUUAGCAACACAAUGCAAACGGUGCAGUGUGGGUGUGUGUGAAAAGGAAAGAAAGGUUGAGGUGGGGGGAAGGAGCCCUGCACGAGUAAAUAUGUCUUUCAUCAUAUCUUUUGUUUGGUCUGUUUGCUGUGUGCUAUUCAGCAGUCAAUAGAAGUUGUUUGACGGUUCUGCAAAGGGGUAGGAAACCUUUUCCAAACUUUUAUUCUCCCGCUUUUGUCUCGGUCCCUGAAGUUCUCUGCUUUUGUUUUUCUUGCCGCUUUUUGUUGUCACCUGUCUGUUGUUGAAGGGGUUUGGUUGCUGCUGUUUGGCUGAUGUGAGGUAAGCUGAUACUCACGUCAUGCUCCUGCUUGGGAGCAUUCUUGUACAGGUGAAGUGGGCUUGAGGGAGCUUAGGAGAGAUUUGCUGCUCUGGUCUUUGGGGCCACAGAGCUCUUUCAAGCUGUAUUUAUUCAUAUAAAUAAAUACAUUAAAAUGAAAGCUUGAAAGUGCUCUAUUGGAGGAGGAAAGAGCUCCAGAGGAGGAAAGUGAGAAGUGAAUGAAGAGAAAAAUCAGGCUCUGCUUUCUGCUGAAGAAUGCCCUGAUAGCACUAGUGUGGCUGGAAACUCCCAGUAUUGAAAAGCUACUAUCAAAGGACUGGAAAGACAAGCUUCUUGCCAUGGGAUCAGGGAACUUUGGAGAAAUAAAAGGGACUCCAGAAAGCCUGGCUGAGAAGGAGAGGCAGCUCAUGGGCAUGAUCAACCAGCUGACCAGCCUGAGGGAGCAGCUGCUGGCAGCUCACGACGAGCAGAAGAAGCUGGCUGCCUCUCAGAUCGAGAAGCAACGCCAGCAAAUGGAGCUGGCCAAGCAGCAGCAGGAGCAGAUUGCAAGACAACAGCAGCAGCUUCUGCAGCAGCAGCACAAAAUUAACCUUCUUCAGCAACAGAUCCAGCAGGUCCAGGGUCAGCUGCCUCCAUUGAUGAUCCCCGUGUUCCCUCCAGACCAGCGAACCCUAGCAGCAGCUGCACAGCAAGGAUUCCUCCUUCCUCCUGGCUUCAGCUACAAGGCGGGAUGCAGUGACCCCUACCCCGUUCAGCUGAUCCCAACUACCAUGGCAGCUGCUGCCGCAGCAACACCGGGCUUAGGCCCUCUCCAACUGCAGCAGUUGUAUGCUGCCCAGCUUGCUGCCAUGCAGGUGUCUCCUGGAGGCAAGAUCCCUGGCAUUGCCCAGGGGAGCCUUGGUGCUGCCGUGUCCCCCACCAGCAUCCACACAGACAAGAGCACAACCAGCCCUCCUCCCAAAAGCAAGGAUGAAGUGGCCCAGCCUCUGAACCUUUCAGCCAAACCCAAGACAUCUGAUGGCAAAUCUCCCACAUCCCCCACGUCUCCUCACAUGCCAGCUCUGAGAAUAAACAGUGGGGCCAGCUCGCUAAAGUCCUCCGUGCCAGCAACACUAGCGAGUCCUUCGGCCAGAGCCAACACAAUAGGUUAUUUAAAUGACCACGAUGCUGUCACCAAGGCCAUCCAGGAGGCCCGGCAGAUGAAGGAGCAGCUACGGAGGGAGCAGCAGGUGCUGGAUGGGAAGGUGGCUGUGGUCAACAGCCUGGGUCUCAAUAACUGCAGGACAGAAAAAGACAAAACAACACUGGAGACCCUGACUCAGCAGCUGGCAGUAAAGCAAAAUGAAGAUGGGAAGUUCAGCCACGCAAUGAUGGAUUUCAACAUGAGUGGAGAUUCUGACGGGAGCGCGGGGGUUUCGGAGUCGCGGAUCUACCGGGAGUCGCGCGGGCGCGGCAGCAACGAGCCGCACAUCAAGCGCCCCAUGAACGCCUUCAUGGUGUGGGCCAAGGACGAGCGCAGGAAGAUCCUGCAGGCCUUCCCUGACAUGCACAACUCCAACAUCAGCAAGAUUCUAGGAUCUCGCUGGAAAGCUAUGACAAACCUAGAGAAGCAGCCAUACUACGAGGAGCAGGCCCGGCUCAGCAAGCAGCACCUGGAGAAGUACCCAGACUACAAGUACAAGCCCCGGCCGAAGCGCACGUGCCUCGUGGACGGCAAGAAGCUGCGCAUCGGCGAGUACAAGGCCAUCAUGCGCAACCGACGCCAGGAGAUGAGGCAGUACUUCAGCGUUGGGCAACAGGCGCAGCUGCCGCUGGCCACGGCGGGCGUGGUGUACCCGGGAGCCAUCGCCAUGGCGGGCAUGCCCUCGCCGCACCUGCCCUCGGAGCACUCGAGCGUGUCCAGCAGCCCCGAGCCCGGCCUGCCCGUCAUCCAGAGCGCCUACGGGCCCAAGGGCGACGAGCCCCACGUCAAGGAGGAGCUGCAGCCCGACGAGGCCAACGGCGACGUCUACGACGACUACGACGAGGAGGAGGAGGACCCCGAUGCAGACUAUGGCAGUGACAGUGAAAACCACAUGGCGGGCCAGGCCAACUGAUGGGGCCGCGGCGCGCCCCGCGGGACUCCAAGGAGGAAAGGAAAGCAAAUCAAUAAAUAAAGCCCCGUCUGGUUUAUCCUUGCCAGUGGCCAAGCACAUUAACUUUCUCAUACACUGACUGUUACUUUAACUGUUAGUCUUAACUAGUUGGGACAUCAGCUGACUAAUAGACAUCAGCCUGCAUCAGAAGGAAAAAGGCUCAGAAGAAAGGAAACAAAGACAACGACAACAACAACAGAAUGAUAUAAGCUAUGGGUAAAAUAAUGCCAGUAAUUCAGCUGCUAUACCCAAGCACUGAAGUCUUACCCGUUGACCUUUUAUUAUUAUUAUUUUUUUUUCAAAUAAACUUUAUGGCUGUUUGUUCUACAAUGUUCUAGAAAUUCUCACUCAGGUACACAGUGCCAACAAGUGGCUUGUGAAUGUGUUUUGUUGUUUUGUGCUACAGUUUAAAGAGAAAUAAUUUUUUUUUUUUUUGGUAAUGCACCUGACAGGAAAAAAAAAGAUAAAAUUCCUUUUAACCCCCUCUGUCUCCUCCUCCUCCUCUUCUUCCUCUUCCUCUUCCUCCUCCUCCCUGUCAAAUCUGGGUCAGAAGUGUGUGUGUGUGCGUGCCUGUGCGCGUGGCUGGCAAGGAAGGAAGUGGGGAGUUUUUCUGUUAACCCCAACAAGCAUUUCCUUUCAAGAGAGGACUUCUCUUCAUCAGUUGCACACCAUACUGAGUCUUUGAGCAAGUGCCAAAUUUGUACUAAAGCGCUGAACUAGUCCAAUUUGCUUUUUUUAGGUUGGUCUCUUCUCCUUUUGUUUUUCUUCGGCUUUUCAUUUGCUUCUUGCUCUGUCUCAAGUUAGGACAGUGUUAUAUCUUAGACAAUCCCUUGAAGAACCUGAUAUACCAGCAGCUGGUGAGAUUAGACAUAUAUUUUUGCUUUUGCUUUUGCUUUUUAAAGGAAACUGUAGGUGCUGUUCUCAGGUGAAAAAAAAAAAAAGAGAGAGAGAGACAUAAGAAAUUUAGAGAAAAAAUAUUUUAUGGUCUUGGAUUUUCAUGUGUGCGUGUUUAUGGUACUAAUAAGAAUAAUCUUGGACUAUCAUGAGCAAAAAGCAUGUUCCAGAAUGAAGUCCUGCACCCUCCAAGUGACUUGGUCUGUAAGAAACCUUUACUUUUGGUUUGCACUUCAAGUGGCAGCAUAAACAACAUAAAAGGCUUGUCCAAAAUGUGGUUUGUUCUGCACAGGACACAGCAAUGGAAAUGUUACCAAGUGCUGAGCGUAAUUAAGUUACCACCAACCGGGCCCAGUUCUGAUGAACUCGUCCCUUCAGGGUGGCUGAGUACUGAUUUCUGAUUCAAAAGGCAAUUUUUUUUUUUCACUGACUUCUUUUUCUCCUGCGCACUGGCAGAAAUUCUUCUUUUAUCAGUGGGAUGUUUGUGUGGGAAGGCAGGCUGAUAGCUGUGAGGAGAUUCCUGUAUUCCACGUGGGGUUACGAGAGCUCAGACCAGUGCAGCGCUGAGUUUCCCUUGCUGCUCUCUCGCAGCUGAAGAACCAUUCUCCUUGCUAAACUGUUUGCAGCCCUGCUGCAGAGCACUGCCUUGCUUGGGCAGCUCUGCCUGCCCCGGGCAGCCGCAGCGUGAGGAAGGUGUCUGGGGGCUGCUCUGUGCCCUGCAAAGGAAGGUCUUGGCAUCGCGCUGAGGCAAAACCCUUCCUCUGAACUGUUUCUUCAGCUGAGGAAGCCAACUUCGUGUUGCUUCCUGGUACAUUCCUGCUCCCAGAGGGAGCUGCACUGCUGCCGUUAUCAGCUCUGACUUGUACAGCUGGCCCCACACACCUUAGUGGCAGCGAGACCCCGGCCCAAGCACGCCCCAGAGCCCUGCUCAGCGCUGGCUGGCAGCCCUGGUUUGCAGGCAGUCCCUCCAUCAGGCAGAUUCGACCCUUGGUGCCGGUGCAGGACGAUGAACAGGACAGGUAGGAGGGGGGGAAUGCCUUUCUUUGCCUCUUGAAAUCCCACUUGAAGUGGAACUUGACCUCUGCAGACCUCGUGCAAAGCAAAAAGCAAAUGCAUUGGACACUUAGGACAAUACUCCCGUGUUUGGGCAUGUGACAGUUCUACCCUGCUACAUCUCUUUUCUUUUUUCUGUUUUCCCCGUUUUGAUUUCCACCUCUGCUUUGGAAACUUCUUUUCUGUUUUCUCUCUCUCAGAAGAUUUGCUCUGAAAUCAUGCUUGGAGUAGCUGAUCAUAUCCUCCAUGUCAGAGAGGGUUCUUUUUUGUUUGUAUUUUAUGACUGUGUUGGGUUUUUUUCUUCAGUUGAACUGCCUCUUCUUGCUAGUGUUGAAUGGUAAUUAUAAUAAUAAUAAUAAUGGUCAGCUGUUCCCAGAUUAGUAAAUUAUGUAUAAUUUAUUUACACCCCCCCCUUUUUUAACUUUAUUUUAUUCUGUUCUAAUUUGGCAGUGCAGCAAAUGAAGCUGUUAGGCUAUUUAAAAUGGAUACCCCUCCCCACCUUACCUUUUUAUAUAUAUAUAAAUAUAUAUAUAUAUACAUAUGAAAACAAAUCGCUUCUUCUUCUGCUCACACCAUUUCUCUUUCUUUUAUUUUAAUUUUGGCCCCAGCCAUGUCAACUUCUGAUGUUUAUUAUGAUGGAGUGAAUUAAUGGGAGUGUUGUUUUCAAUCUUAAUUAACUUCUGCUCUCUCAUCACUCAUUUUAGUUAUUUAAUUACACCAGUCAUCUAGAGCCAAUUUUUUUGAAGCACUCUGUUUGGAUAAGAAGGAAAAAAAAAUAGACAAUUGUUUUUAUAUCAUUAUUAUGUACAAUGUGAAAACAGAUAUUUGCUCCUUUUUAUUUUAUUUUUUUUAAACUUUUAAAUUUGUUCCCUGUCUUUGUGAACAAAUUACUUCUGACUCUUGUGGGUUCGCCUCACAUUUGCUGGAUGCUUGGUUUCCACCGCAGUCGAGACUCUCUGGUUUAAUUGUGUCACUUUGGGCCACCAGGAUACUUUGUUUUAGCUCCAGGUAGGUGCCACGCCGCCAGGUAGGAGCGAGCCUUGGGCUGGCAGGGCUCCGUGGGAAGGGGCCCUUGGGCUCCAGUGGGACCAGGCUCCAGCCCGGAAUUCCCUGGGAGAGGCUGCUGGGGGCAGCCGGGGGCACCAGGGAUGGGCAGUGCCUGCUGUCCCUGGGCUCCAGGGAUGGGCAGUGCCUGC